AUGGCUCAGACUAUUGCCAUCCUCGGGGCGACGGGCAAGACCGGCCGUGAGGUGUUACAGCGACUCCUCCACCGGCAAGAUGUGAACAUCCAAAUCUACGUCCGGUCGACCUCAAAGCUUGUCGCUCUCUUCCCAUCGCUGCCCUCCAACCCGCGGGUUUCCAUCUUCCAGGGACCGCUCGGCGACGUCGAGAACAUGCGCAAAUGCCUGAACGGCGCCGAGCAGAUCGUUUUCACCCUCGGCGAGAACGACAAUCUCCCGGGCGUCAGCGUGAUCGAGGACGGGGCAAGGACCGUCGUUGCGGCGCUGGAGGCGUUGCGCGACGAUCAAGUGGGAGAUUGGCGGCGCCCGCGGGUCUUGUUGCUGUCGUCCGCGACCUGGAACCCCACUUUGGCCGCUGUCCGGCCAGCUUUGAUCCACUGGGCUAUCAAAACCGCAUUCGUCCACCCGUACGCGGAUCUACGUCGCGGCCAGGAGGUCUUCCUCACCGCCGCCGCCGCCGCCUCGUCGCUGGUCAGUGUCCUGCUAGUGCAGCCCAACGGUCUCAUCGAGGAUGAGCCCAGCGGGCACGAGAUCAGCGUCGACCAUGCUACCUUCAGCGUGACGUAUGGAGACUUGGGCGCCGCGUUUGUCGAUUUGGCUUGCAUGAGGGAGUUCGAUGACCUGCCGGCGGUCGGCGUCUCGAGCAAAAACGGCGACAACGGGCUGAAGUACGGCCCCAUUCUUGGAUACAGGAUCGUGAGAGGUCUAUGUGCCACCUACAUCCCUGGAUUUUGGCACAUGCACAGGCUUGCGAUGUCGGUUGUCGCAACUCUGUCCUUCAAAAAGAAGGUGCAGUGA